GGCCGAGCGCAGGGAACCAGGAGCCCGCGGGGGCGGAGCGGCAAGUGCGGCCGCUGGGAGAGAUCACACCCCCGGCCGGCCCGGCCCGCGAGCGACCCCGAGCCCCGGCGUGCAUGGGGCACCGCCUCCACCCGGCCCCGGCUCCGACUCCGACUCCUGCCUGCAGCGCGCGCCUGUCCUGACCGGGACUUGGGACUUUGGGAACGGAUCGCGCGGCCCGGAGAGGUGUUCUCAAGCACAAUGGCUGAGCAACUCCUUCCUCAGGCUUUGUAUUUGAGCAAUAUGCGGAAAGCUGUGAAGAUAAGAGAGAGAACUCCAGAGGAUAUUUUUAAACCUACCAAUGGGAUCAUUCAUCAUUUUAAAACCAUGCACCGAUACACACUGGAAAUGUUCAGAACUUGCCAGUUUUGUCCACAGUUUCGAGAGAUCAUCCACAAAGCUCUCAUCGACAGAAACAUCCAGGCUUCCCUAGAAAGUCAGAAGAAGCUCAACUGGUGUCGAGAAGUCAGGAAGCUUGUGGCACUGAAAACAAAUGGUGAUGGAAAUUGCCUCAUGCAUGCAGCUUCUCAGUACAUGUGGGGGGUCCAGGACACAGACUUGGUCCUGAGGAAGGCACUCUUCAGCACUCUCAAGGAGACAGACACACGCAACUUUAAGUUCCGCUGGCAACUGGAGUCUCUCAAGUCUCAGGAAUUUGUGGAAACGGGGCUUUGCUAUGACACUCGGAACUGGAAUGAUGAAUGGGACAACCUCAUCAAAAUGGCAUCCACAGACACACCAGCGGCCCAGAGCGGACUUCAGUACCAUUCACUGGAAGAAAUACACAUAUUUGUCCUUUGCAACAUCCUCCGAAGGCCAAUCAUCAUCAUUUCAGAUAAAAUGCUGAGAAGUUUGGAAUCAGGUUCAAAUUUUGCCCCUUUGAAAGUGGGUGGAAUUUACUUGCCUCUCCAUUGGCCUGCCCAGGAAUGCUACAGAUUCCCCAUCGUUCUCGGCUAUGACAGCCAGCACUUUGUACCCUUAGUGACCCUGAAGGACAGUGGGCCUGAAAUCCGAGCUGUUCCACUUGUUAACAGAGACCGAGGAAGAUUUGAAGACUUAAAAGUUCACUUUUUGACAGAUCCAGAAAAUGAUAUGAAGGAAAAGCUCUUAAAAGAGUACUUGAUGGUGAUAGAAAUCCCAGUCCAAGGCUGGGACCAUGGCACAACUCAUCUGAUUAAUGCUGCAAAGUUGGAUGAAGCUAACUUACCAAAAGAAAUAAACCUGGUAGAUGAUUAUUUUGAACUUGUUCAGCACGAGUACAAGAAAUGGCAGGAAAACAAUGAGCAGGAGAGGAGAGAAAUGCGUGCUCAGAAUCCUUUGGAACCUUCCAUGCCCCAGCUUUCUCUCAUGGAUGUAAAAUGUGAAACGCCCAACUGUCCUUUCUUCAUGUCCAUCAACACCCAACCUUUAUGCCAUGAAUGCUCAGAAAGACGGCAAAAGAAUCAAAACAAACCCCCAAAGCUGAACUCCAGGCCAGGCCCUGAGGGGCUCCCUGGCAUGGCGCUGGGGACCUCACGGGGAGACUUGGCCUGGAACCCUGAGGAGCCAGCCGGGGGGCCUCAUUCGGCCCCACCAACAGCACCCAGCCUUUUCCUGUUCAGUGAGACCACCGCUAUGAAGUGCAGGAGCCCUGGCUGCCCUUUCACGCUGAACGUGCAGCACAAUGGAUUUUGUGAGCGUUGCCACAAUGCCCGGCAACUGAAUGGCAGCCACACCGCAGACAACACGAGGCAUUUAGACCCCGGUAAGUGCCAAGCCUGCCUCCGGGAUGUCACCCGGACGUUUAAUGGGAUCUGCAGUACUUGCUUCAAAAGGACUACAGCAGAGCCCUCCUCCAACCUCAGUUCCAGCAUCCCUGCCUCCUGUCAUCAGCGGUCCAAGUCGGACCCCUCACACCUCAGCCGGAGUCUGUCCCCACACUCUUGCCACAGAGCCGGAAACGAUGCCUCCUCUGGCUGCCUCUCUCAAGCCACACGGACUCCAGGGGACAGGACAGGGACAAGCAAGUGCAGAAAAGCUGGCUGCAUGUACUUUGGGACUCCAGAAAACAAGGGCUUUUGCACGCUGUGUUUCAUCGAGUACAGAGAAAACAAACAUUUUGUCACUGCCUCAGGGAAAGCCAGUCCCACUGCCUCCAGGUUCCAGAACACCGUUACAUGCCUGGGAAGGGAGUGUGGUACCCUUGGAAGCACCAUGUUUGAAGGAUACUGUCAGAAGUGUUUCAUUGAGGCUCAGAACCAGAGACUUCAUGAAGCCAAAAGGACUGAAGAGCAACUGAGACUGAGCCAGCGCAGAAACGUGCCUCGUACUGCACAGAGUGCCUCAAGGCCCAAGUGUGCCCGGGCCUCCUGCAAGAACAUCCUGGCCUGUCGCAGCGAGGAACUCUGCAUGGAGUGCCAGCACCUUGGCCAGCGAGUGGGCCCGGGGAUCCACCGGGGAGAGCCUGCUGCAGAAGAGUCCGCAAAACAGCGCUGCCGGGCCCCUGCCUGUGAUCACUUCGGCAACACCAAGUGCAAUGGCUACUGCAACGAGUGCUUUCAGUUCAAGCAGAUGUAUGGCUAAUGGAAGACAGGUGGUCCAGCCCCACAAGGGGGGCCAUGAGCUGCCAGCCAACCAACAUGGUGCUAUGCUCUAAACCCUUGAUGCUGCUGGAGGGCAGUCCCUGCAACAGUGGGCUCCAGCGUGUCUGAGCAGGGGAGGAAAGACAAGCUCUUCGUGGUGCCUGUGAUGCCUGAAUUUGGUAACUGGGGAAUGUUCCCAGGUGUCCUUAGAGCAAAGCUUGUGACCUGCAGUGGAUGAUGUGAGAUUCAGCCGGGGCUCCUCCUCCUCCUCUCCAAGCAGAAGGUUGGGAGCCUCUUUGGACUUGGACCAUGUGCUAGGGCUGGCUGUAGCCCCUGUACCCUGCUCGCCAGGACUGCUCCGCAUCUUAAGAGAAAAGGGAAGAGACAGUCAGGUGGGGUGGGCAACCCACAGCCAUGUAUUCCACCUGCCCCCCAUCAGCAUUUCUCAGAAAUGUGACGCUGAAUCCCAUGGCACAGGGGCCUCUGCAUGAGGCUCAAGGAAGCUCAGGGAAAAGGGACAAUCUUCAGAGAGUGUCAGUAGUUAGUGGUUUUUCCCUACUUACCUAGUUCCUUUCCUAUGGAUGCAGCAGAAAAGCAGGGUUAUACAUGACUGUGAUUCUGAGGCUGCUGAGACUGAACAGGUUCACAUUGAAAAGAAAACAAGCUGCUCUUUAUAAUAUGCACAUUUUAAAAAUCGGAAUUUUUUAGUGGGAAGACAUGUAAUUCUUUUGGUUAUCAUUGUCUUCACUUCUAAAAAGGUUCACUUGAACCAAGGUGUGUGUAAAAAUGUGUACAUAUAUAAUAUACCCUUAUAUUAUGUAUGAGGGACUUUUUAUUAUGUAAUAAUGCUGCAAGGUGUAUUGGUUGUUGUUAGGGGUACCACCAAGUUGCAUGAACUCAACCAACUGCCUUUUUAAAGGGAACUUUACAGUUUCCUGUGAGAUUCACUUUAUUUAUUUUAUCAUGAACUUCAAGGUUAUUUAAACGAAAAUGUUUUUUUCUGAUCUGAUGGAAAUGUUGCAAUGUCUCUUUGAGAUAAUAUUUGCUUCAGGUCAUGUUAUGGAGCCAGGCAAGCUCCUGCCCACACUGGCCAAGUUCGCCUCUUCAAUACGCUUUGCUUGCCUCCCUAGGAAAGAAGGAAUUGUAUCGAGAGCAAAUUUAUUAAAAUCUGACGCUGCUUCUUAGGAAACUCCAGCCAUACAAUAAGAAACAGCUCUCUGUUCUAUAGGUGCCUCUGAGUAUUCUACCUCCUCGGAGAUAAGAUAGGGAAGGAGAGGAGACAACAUUGGGGAUGGUCACAGGGAAAGAUGUGGCCUUCCAUGAUGGUUUUAUUUGCUGUGUUAACGAUGCACCCAGUGAUGCCCCAGUGUUGCGACACCAAAACCCAGUAACCAGGAAUAUGAUGAAGUUUCCUUCUGUCAUUGGCCUGCCGUUUCUCUGUGUGCUUUGUGUCACUCUCAUACUUGCUUCAGAGAAAAAGAGGAGAAAUACAAUUUUUCCUGAGGUAAAGUCUGCCAUUUUGGGGGUCUGGACUUACGACCUGAAAAUAUUUGCGAUCCCUAACUAUAUAACCUUUCCUCUUAUCUGACAUGUUUUCCACUUGGCACUCUUUUUCUCAGACAUAAAA